AUGGCUGCUAGUGAGCCGUCAAGAUACCUGGCAAGGUCAUUGCCCCGGGCUAUUGUCCCUGCUGCCCGCUCCCAGGGCCUCUGCUGGCGGCGCCAUGCUUCUGACCAAGCGGCCGCUAAACCGUCCGCCCUCAGCGAUUUGGAGUCAGACGGUCUCCUGAAGGGUACAACUACGCCAGUUGAAGCCGCAAAAUCAUUUGACCCUGUUGCGCGGGCCAGAGCACGCAAAACCCAGCUCCCACGAAGUCGGUAUCAAUUCCGAUCGCCAAAAUACGAUCGCGGACCAUUGCAUCCUCACAGACCUCCUCCCCCCUCUGAUCCCUCUUCUCGACUCUUCGUACCGGGCCCUUUCUCUCUUUCCAGAGUUGAUCAGACCCACGAGUCAACCAUCGCCUCCGAUAUCCUCACCCUCUGCUACGUUCACAACCCGCCAGGUUUCAAGCCUCCGCCAAAGGCGCCGCGUCUUCGCACAUGGGACGAUAGCUCCCCUUACCACAAGAAUCGAUCUCUUCGCGGUCCCCGUGGUGGUGACGUUCUCCGACUUCUCCGCAAGCCCAUCACCUUCAACAACAUCCCCAAGCUCGAGCGUAUCACGAUCCAUAGUUACGUGAAGAACGCCGCGAAGGAGAACUCUGGGUGGCUCCAUGUAGCCGGUAUGGCGCUGCAGGCGAUCUCCAACGUCAAGGUCACGACCUACCGGUCCAAAACCAGCGUUGCCAAAUGGUACAUCUCUCCCGGAAGAGAUGCUGUGGCCGCCAAGGCCGAGCUCCAUGGAGAAGAUAUGGAGCACUUCUUUGGAAAGCUGCUCGAUAUCGUGAUGCCUCGCUUAAAGGAUUGGCCCGGUGUCAAGGGUACUAGCGGUGACAGCAGCGGUAACAUCACCUUUGGUCUGGAACCCGAGCAGGUUGCUCUGUUUCCCGAGAUCGAGGUCAACUAUGACAUGUACCCGCCCCAGAUGAUCCCUGGUUGCCACAUCACCCUCCACACUACCGCCAAAACCGACAAGGACGCCCGACUGCUCCUGAGUGCCAUGGGAGUUCCAUUCUACGGCAAGCUCGUUGACUAA